AUGGCAAGAGGAAAGCGCAAGGCUGAGGACACGCAAUCGCCAGACGGUAGAGCAUCCAAACGCAGAGCAGAUGCUGAAGAUAUGGACGAGCAAAGCGCAUCUGAAGAGGAAGAAGACCAAGGCCGUAUCGAGAGCCAGCAGAUGAUGAUGGUGAUGGGCAUCAUCAAGCCCAAAGAUGACGGCUGGGUCGACAAGAUGCACAAAAUGUUUGACAACGACGAAGCCGAGCUCAAUCAGUUGCUUGACGGCAAAGAGCGCGAGCUAGCGGAUCUCGACUCGCACUUUCACAGGGACCUUCGCGCCCUCCUCACAGACGUCCUCGCCGCACCCGCCUCCAAGCAACGAAAGAACACUUCUACGACUGAUACCUUCUACCUGCGACCUGCACAUGAACAUGCCAGCCUUUUGUUCACAAAGUCCGAGGGCCUCAUAAACUACUACAACCAAGCCGCCGAUUGCGUCGAGACGGGCAGACAAGAACUCGCCACCGAUCAUACCGAGGCUUUCGAAAAGGACAAGAACGAUGCAGCUGAGAUGCUCCAUACUGGUAGGGAGCUCGCUCUUCGUCAGAUCCAAAGAGUCUUGAAGAGACCUGAUGACCAGACAUCUGCAAACAACAUGGCCCAACCGCUUUUCACAGAGCAGAAGCUGGACGAUGUGGCAUCUAUCUUCAAACUCUUACGCGAUGAGUCCAAGGAGGAGAUGGAAGACGUCCAACACGGGCAGGCCGAAAGAGUCGAUAUGGCGGAUGGCCAGGGUCUGUUUCCGCUGAUACACAUUACCAAGAAAGGAGUCAAGAAGCUGGCUGGACAUCUGCUUGUCGAAGAAGAUUGA